CCCAUUCCCACCCACAUAUUAAACGCCGUUUUUCGGGUUUUCUAUUUUCCCUCUUCCCAGUUCACAGAAUGCACGCGUUGGGCGGUGGAGGCAACGGCGGCCUCUGGGGCUCGAACCUUCCUCCAAGAAAACGUAACCGGCGUAACUCUAAGCGACAAGGGAGAGAACGAUCGGAUUCAAAGUUGUCGGACUCUGUGGAGGCCACCGGAGGAUCCGGUUACCGGUUCCCCUUCAAGCAAGCCGUGACUGCGGGCUCACUCGCCCUCACCGGCGACACAAUUGCUCAGCUCACUCACCGGUGGAGAAGGUCCAAGGCCGCCAAGCAAGAUUCCUCUCUCACCGAUUCCCGUGGCGCCUCUCAGGAUGUGAUGCAGAGUCUUCUUUCGGAUCAUGAUUGGCUCCGUGCUCUUCGGAUGGCUUCCUACGGGUUUCUUUUGUAUGGGCCCGGUUCUUAUGCGUGGUACCAGUAUCUGGAUCGCAGUCUGCCAAAGCCGACAGUGAGGAACCUAAUGCUAAAGGUUUUGUUAAACCAAAUAGUGCUUGGUCCUUGUGUCAUUGCGGUUGUUUUUGCAUGGAACAAUCUAUGGCAAGGGAAGCUUGCACAGCUACCGGACAAGUACCAGAAAGAUGCUCUUCCUACUCUAUUUUAUGGCUUUAGGUUCUGGAUACCUGUCAGUGUAUUGAACUUCUGGGUGGUACCCCUUCAAGCCCGUGUAGCAUUCAUGUCGAUGGGGUCAAUAUUCUGGAACUUUUGCUUGUCUUCUACUAUGAGCAAGUAAUUCACCAAAAUGGUUUAUCAAUAUUUGGUAUCAACUUGGUGAACUCAUGAGCUGGAGGUUUAGAGAAAUAUGUUGGAAUCGGAGAUGAUGAUUUAUGUCUUGCGCUCUCUUUUGUAGUGCAUUGGGUUUUAAAUUUAUGAAUGAUUGUUGUCACAAUUUUGACUUCACGAAAAACUGUUUUCCUACUGCAGAAGUCAAGAAAUGGAUUUCAUUAGUUUAUAUUUACUUAAAAUGUGUAUAGGAAACGCAACAUUCUUUUUGAGAAUGAGUGACGAUGGUUUUUGGUUUUAGCUUUUUGGGUGGCAUCCUUCCUAAAUCCUAACAGUCAAUAAAGGAAAUGAGAUUCUUCCCCCUUCUUGUUCAC